CACAUAAAACCCCAACACAACUUCUCAAGACUCUCUACGUUUCCUUCAUUGUCUUCUUCUCUCUUCCCCUUUAAAAGAAACCAUCCCAUUAUCUACAGAGAUUAGUGAAAUCUCUAAUCCUCUCAUAACUAAACAAAACUUUCCAAUUAUAAUUCUCUUUGUUAUUAAUGGCCGAGGAAUUCGAUGAAUCUGAGGUUUUAUUCUCCCAAGAUUUCAGCUUCAAGAGAGACGACGGGAAUGAAAACCACAUGUUCGGUGUAAAAGAGAUGAAGAAGACGAGCCGGAUCAUCAAUAGGACGGAGUUAUCGAGAUCGCUUCCGGUGAAUGUUCCCGAGAACAUGUUUCGGAGGAGGUACGUCGGGAAAGAGGAGGAUGAGUACUCCGGCGGUGGAGGAGAGAUCGUUCCGCCGCAUGUUAUCGUCGGACGGAGGAUCCAAGGAGGAGAAAUGGCGUUUUCGGUUUGCACAGGUACUGGAAGAACUCUCAAGGGAAGAGAUCUGAGCCGGGUUCGGAACUCGGUUCUCAAGUUAACCGGUUUUUUGGAGGCUUGAAUUAAACCUAUUACUAGUACUACUACCCGGUUUUGCCAUUUGAUUUAUCUUCCUAUUAUUCUUACAAUUUACGGAAAAAUUUACCAGUUUUGUUUUAUAAAUUUAAAGUAAAGCUGGGAAAAAUGUGAAACAAUUGAAAGAAAAAUAUGUUUUCAGGUUCUUUUAA